CGACGCGCUGUCGUGAAACGGUCGUGAAUUUUCCGUUAUGUACGCGCAGCAUGCGGUGUGUCGGAUUAUGUUCGGGAUCUGUCUCGGAUCGAUCGAUCGACCGAACGUGACGAUUGUCGCGUCGUUCGCGCGCCUCUCGACUCGGCGUGUCGCGCACGACGCUAUGUCGGCCACCACUGCCGCCGCCGCUGCCGUCGCCGCCGCUGGCGCAUUUGACGCUUGGAAACGUUGCGUCAGCCCGCGCUAACGAGGCCGCCGUCGCAGCCGCGGUCGCCGUCGUCGCCGCCGUCGUCGCCACGCGGAGAGUCGUGCGCGUCUCUUGCCGCGACAACAGCCGGGACGAUGGGGUUAGGCUUCCGAUGGCGCCUCGUCAUCAUCCUCGUCGUCGGCCUGCUGCUCUGGCAGACCUCGAAGAUCUGGCUCGCCUUCCUGGGGGAUGACGCCUCGCAAGAACUUGAGAUGGACCAAGCGGCGACGCCAUUGAACGAAAAUGACCCAGCUCCUCAGAAAGUGCACGUAGCCGUGUAUUACGAAGCUUUAUGUCCGGACUCGCGUAGCUUCGUCUUGAAACAAUUAGGUCCGAUGUAUCGAAAACUCUUGACGAACGUGGAAAUUAUACUAGUGCCAUACGGUAAGGCAAAGACAGUAAAGAAGGACGAUGGGUACCAAUUCAUGUGCCAGCACGGACCAAUCGAGUGUCAGGCGAACAUCAUACACGCUUGCUCCAUCGAUGUCAUUAAGGACCCAUCGGUACAACUGCAAUUUGUAUCUUGCAUGAUCGAGAAUAACAUUGACCCAGUAAGAAUAAUGAAUACAUGCGCCGGGCGUAUAUCUGUGGAUCUAGAAUCUAUAAAGAAGUGUACAAACAUGGAAAGGGGAAAGGAACUCUUGGCAAAGUACGGAGAGAUGACGAAUUCACUCGUCCCGCGAGUAUCUUUUAUACCGACAGUUACCCUCGACGGGAGCUCCGAGCACCAAGUGAAAAUCCUGAAAAAUUUGCUGAAGGAGGUAUGCCUGCAUUUCAAAGUUACACCGAAAGAAUGCGUAUCGUGAGAGCACGCAAUGUUCGCCGCUAGCAAAACAUAUCUACAUAAUCAUCGAAUUUUGUUAUGUUACGAGUUAAAAAAAAUAUGUAUGAAAAAAUAAAAUAUUUUUCAAAAAA